GUGUUUUCCCAGAGCCGAGGUCCCACUAGCUUUUGAACAGGCCUCCGAGAAAACCCGGAUCCGGGAUUGCGGGGCCGGACCGCGCGGAGGGUUACCCCUUUCCCAAAUCUCUCCGAGUCUGCGCCUGAGCUCCAGCCCGGCGGGAACUGAAACUGGGAAACCUCCGGGCUGCAGACCGCCCAACAAGCCUCGGUCUCCGCAACGAGAUUUUUUUGAUGCUGUUUGGCUUAAGGAAUCUCCAGCUGCUCUGAUGAUAGCUUAAGAAGACUGUGUGCUGUUCCCUUUCAAUGCCAGGCCUGGCCUGCUCAGACCUUGGAUCUCUGUCCUUCAUGGAGACAGGGUCCCAGCAGGAAUGGCAGAGGAGCAAAUUGGCACCCAGAUGGUUCCUCCACGUGAAGGUGCCUUGUGCUGCGGGCCAGCUCAGGAGCACCUGGUAACCAGGCUGCCCCCUGCCAGUCACCCGGGGCAGGGCAGCAUGGUUCGGAUACGGAGGAAGAAGCUUUUGGCAUCUUGCCUGUGCGUCUCAGCUACGGUCUUUCUGCUCGUCACGCUCCAGGUAGUAGUUGAGCUGGGAAAAUUUGAAGGGAAGAACUUUAAAAAUUCAAAUUUGAAAGAUGGAUAUGCAGAAAUGGAAAAAGAGCCUGUACCUCUCCAUCCGUUCCUCAAGAGAGAAGGACUCAGCCUGAAUAAGAAAAACACACUGGCAGCUGAUAGCUACCCCAUCAUGCUCUGGUGGUCCCCACUGACUGGGGAGACUGGCAGGCUCGGCCAGUGUGGGCUGGAUGCUUGCUUCUUCACCAUCAACCGGACCUACCUCCAUCAUCAGAGGACCAAAGCGCUCCUCUUCUAUGGUACUGACUUUAACAUAGAUAGCUUACCUCUACCUCGGAAAGCCCAUCACGACUGGGCCCUUUUUCACGAAGAGUCUCCAAAAAACAAUUAUAAGCUCUUUCACCAGCCAGUCAUCACCUUGUUUAACUACACCGCCACCUUCAGCCGCCAUUCCCACCUGCCCUUAACUACCCAGUACCUGGAGGGCCCAGAGGUCUUGACGUCACUCCAGUACCUGGUCCCCUUGCAGUCCAAAAACAACCUUCGAAAGAGCCUUGCUCCGCUGGUGUACGUACAGUCUGACUGUGACCCACCUUCAGAUAGGGACAGCUAUGUUCGAGAACUUAUGACGUACAUCGAGGUUGAUUCCUAUGGUGAGUGCUUGCGAAACAGAGAUCUCCCUCAGCCGCUGAACAGUCCAGCCUCUAUGGACGCCGAAGGCUUUUAUAGGAUCCUUGCCCAGUAUAAGUUCAUCCUUGCUUUUGAGAAUGCGGUUUGCGAUGACUACAUCACAGAGAAGUUCUGGAGACCUCUGAAGCUGGGGGUCGUCCCUGUGUAUUACGGGUCCCCCAGUAUCGCAGACUGGCUUCCGAGCAAUAGAAGUGCCAUUCUGGUAUCAGCAUUUUCUCACCCUCGAGAACUGGCAAGUUACAUCAGACGGCUGGAUCACGAUGACCGACUGUAUGCAGCCUACCUGGAGUGGAAGCUGAAGGGCGAGAUCUCCAACCAUCGCCUCCUCACUGCUCUCAGGGAACGGAAGUGGGGGGUGCAGGACAUCACGCAGGAAAACUACAUUGAGGCCUUCGAGUGCAUGGUGUGCACCAAGGUGUGGGAUAACAUUAGGCUCCAGGAAAAGGGCUUACCACCGAAAACGUGGAAGGCAGAUGUUUCCCACUUGAGCUGUCCAGAGCCAACAACGUUUGCUUUCUCACCCCUGACCCGACCUAGAAGCUCUUUGCGAGAGAUGUGGAUCCCAAGCUUCCAGCAGUCCAAGAAAGAAGCCCGGGCGCUAAGGUGGCUGGUUGAUAGGAAUCAAAACUUUUCAACUCAAGAGUUUUGGGCCCUAGUAUUCAAGGACUAAUAUCAGAAAGUAUCAGAGUUUUCUUUUCUGGGUUGCCUUAAUAUUUGAAUAUAAUAUAAUAGCUACUUGGUUGACCAUCCAUUAGGAUAAGAAUGAAUAGCUAUGAUAGGCAUAAUGAGCUCGACUGAAUAAUAGAUAGGAAUUAUCCUGAGGGGUCACUUCUCUAUUUUUUAUACUAAAAAAGUACAUACAUAUUUUUUCUUUCCUUUUUUUUUCUUUUGGUGUUUAGGGCCACGCCUAAUGCAGCAUAUGAAAGGUCCUAGGCUAGGGGUCCAAUAGAAGCUGCAGCUGCAGGACUGUGCCACAGCUACAGUAGUUCAGGAUCUAAGCUGUGUCUGCAACCUACACCGAAGCCCAUGGCAACGCCAGAUCCUUAACCCAAGGCCAAGGAUUGAACCUGCAUCCUCAUGGAUACUUGUCAGGUUUAUUACUGCUGAGCCACAACAGGAACUCCAAAGAGUACAUAUUUCUUAUGGACGCUGAUUACCUUCAGUAUGCGUGUCUGGACCCACGCACCUGUCACCUUUAAUGGAAAUGUACCCAUUAUGGAGUGAGUGCCUUCUUUCCUGCAAGGAAAGAGGCCCCACAGAGAAGGCAGAGGGCAUAGCUGUGAAUUCCUGUCCUCACCUUGCUGUCUGCGAUUGUUGGUAUUUGGCAAGCCAAGUGCCCUGAUGCUGAGCUUGAAUCUGAAAUGCGUUAAAACUUGGCAAUGAGAGAGCCCAUCUGUUGGUUUCCAGGGAUGUGAGUGAGUAAUGAAGGUUGUAAGGUCGAUCCGCUGUGUACUCUGGUCUAAAGAACAUAGCACAUCCCUGCCUUCCCAGUGCCCUCAGCCACCUACCCUACCUUUCGUAUUAUCGCCUUGCCCUGCAUCCUCCCGUGUUCUUCCGAGAGUGGAAAGUCUUAUGAAGACGUGUGUCCUCCGUAUGUGUUUUGAUUGGCAGGUUGUCCCCAGUGGUCCCUUAUUCCACUGAGCAGAAUAGUAAUAAGAAUCCUACAGUUCAGGCUGGACAGCCUGUGUGUUUUGAUUGCCAUGGGCUUGCAAGUGAGUACCCACAGGACCUCCCAUGGUGUUGAAGCCUGUCUUUUUUUAGGAUGAUGCAUAAGCCUGCAGUGGUGGGCAGCCCCACUGGCUUGAGAGUGUUCCCAGUUAGGUCUGAUGCUGCUGGCACAGAGGAGUUUCAGCUGUCUCAUCUGGAGUCUCUACUUGAGCUCCACAAAAGACAGAGAAAACACUGGCUCUCACUCUCAUUCCUUAUGAGCCUGGGGAGGCUUCUAGAUCAUGCUGGAGCAUAGGGAGGCUUCUGGAUGUUGCUGUGCAAUGUGUGGUGGCCUUUGUAUUCUUUAUUGUGGAAAGACGUAAGCUCCAGAGGACAGGAGGGGUCCCAGUACUCAUGUCCCUGAUGGGAGAAACUGAGGAAAGCGCCCUCAGCUAUGCUUGCCCUUUGAUCUCUGGUCAAUGCCCUCCAGUGCCUGCCAAGGCCAGUUCCUUCUUUGCGUAGCUCUCUCUCCGGCUGUGCCAGAAAAAAGAAGGACCGAAGCCAGUAUGUUCUUUUGGAAGCAAGAGGGUCACACUGCUUCUCACCUAUGACUGGGUUCUUCUCAAUCCCAGCUCUGCUAUCAGUUGGGUGUGAUUUUGAACAAAUCUCUUAGCCUCUUUGGGCCUUAGCUGUCAUACCUAAAAAAAGUGAUUGGACUAGUCUUUGAAGUUCUUUUCUGUGUAGCAUUCUUUAACUUUUUAUCAAAAUUUAUGAACCUUAAUUUUGUAGGUGUUUUUAUGAAGACAUUAACACACUAGAUUAGAGCCUCUGUGUGUUUUUCAAGGGAAGCACACUCUUCUUUAGAGGAAGAAACGUUCUUAUUGGGUAGUGUGGGGAUAGAAAGUAAUUUAAUUAUCUCUCUGCUAUUUUAUCUGAUAAUAUCAAAAGGGAAAGGGUUGGGAGUUCCCUUGUGGCACAGCAGGUUAAAGAUCAGGUGUUGUCACUGCAGUGGCUCAGGGUUUAAUCCCUGGCCUGGUAACUUCCACAUACCUCAGGCAUGGCCAAGAAAACAAAACAAAACAAAACAAAAAUUUAAAAGGGAAAGGAUUGGAAAGGGGGAUUGUUUGUUAAAGACCAGAUUUUAAACUGUGUAUUAAAUGAGGGUUUUGUUUUUUGUUUUUUGUUUGCUUAUUUCUUUUAUUUUUUCCCCCCACUCUUAAAAGAAAGCUCAAGAUAUGAUUUGUGCCUCUGGUGAGAUAUUAUCGGGGAGCUUCAGUUCAUAAAUGCCUUAAACACCCAGUGUUUAUAUGCUGCAUGUAAGUUUUAAACCCCAGUAUUUCAGGUCGUUUUGUUCUAUCCUGGUUUUUGAAGAGUCCAUCCAUCAGAUACUCCCUAAACUUGUAUGAAGCAUGUAGACCUGAGCAAAUUUGGUGAAAUAAACUCAUUGAACAAUUAAUGUGGAAUAAAAAUUUUGUGGGAGAAGAGGAUGGAGGAGAGGGAAUUUUAUGGGACUGAAAAUGAAGUAUACUUCAAAGACAAUAAAUUAAGGAUUCUUUAGGACUCCUUUGAGUAUCCAUAGAUUUGAGACUUUAUUGUUAUUGUUAUUAUUUUGCUUAGCAUAUGCGUCUUUUGCAAUAGGAUUUUCAUUAAUAAGAUGAUGCCCUUUGUCUGUGAUCAUCGCUGUCAUGGAGUGACAGGCAUGUUCUCAUUAUGGCAGGAUUUUUAUCUGCAAGAUGGGAGCUCUGCAUUUUGAGUUUCGUGUAAGGCCCUCCGUGUAUUUUAUCCGUGUUGACGCCAGAGUACCACAUCUUUCUCUUCACGUGAGUGACUCCAGUUUUUAAAUAUGAUUAAGCAAGUGUCCCUCCUCACAGGGCUGUUGUGAGGAAUGGCUUAUGGCUGUGAUGGAGCAAUGGAACUUUCUGUUUAGUGCUUCAGUACAUUUUACUUGGAUUAUGCUCCAAGACUGAUUUUUUUUUUUUUUUUUUUUUUUUUUUGGCUUUCUAGGGCCAUACCUGUAGCAUAUGGAGGUUCCCAGGCUAGGGAAAGAAUUGGAGCUACAGCUGCCUGCCUACGCCACAGCAAUGUGGGAUCCGAGCCAUAUCUGUGACCUACACCACAAGUCACAGCAAUGCCAGAUCCUUAACCCACUGAGCAAGCCCAAGGAUUGAAUUCUCGUCCUCAUGGAUACUAGUUGGGUUUGUUACCAGUGAGCCAUGAUGGGAACUCCAAACCUAAUUUUUAAAGCAGUGUGACAGGUGGGCAGAAAUCUUUUCAGUCAUGUUGAAGAAAAUGAUUACUAAUACUAGUUAAUAGUCUUCACUUCUUCACCUGGAAAAUGGAGGCAACUUUGACCUUUGAUCACGUAGCAAAUAUAACAUUUCAGAACCUGAAUGCUGACUGGCUUAUUUGUUGUUCUAAAGGCCUGGAUUCCAGUAACUUAGUAUCAGUUGAGGUCAUUAUCAUUAUUCCCAACGGACUAAAUGCACACUGUGUUCUAGGCCCUACUUGGAAAUAAUAGAUGUGGGCAAAAAUGAGCAUCGUUCUUUCAGAGUCAAACAUUGUGUAUUAUACCUAGGAGAAUGGGCUCGGUAUCUGUGGAACACUGUAAGGAUUUAAGCACAGCACAGACCUGAGCUUUGGAAUGCCCACUGUAAUAUUAUGCAUUUAAAAAAUCAUUAGUAGCACAUAACCGGUGCUAGAGCUGACAGUUUAUUAGGGGAAUCCAGUGUGGAGUUUAUUUUCAAUGAAAAAUGUUGAUUGUCCAAAGCCAGGAGGGUACAGCUCUGCAUAAGUGAAAUAUAUCUUAGAAUCUUCAAAGUAUACAAUAUAGAAGUUCACAGGCCACAAAUAAAGGUAGUCAAUUUAUGUUUCAAUACCUUUGCAAUCCUGAAUAUUUUACAGAGAAUUUCUUCACCCUUCUUUAGGAAAUUCCUUUCCUUUGUUUCCAUUUUUGUUGUUGUCAUUAAGGAUAAUACCUUUACUGCAUAAUUCUAAUGUCAACAUAUAUCUUUGUUUUCUUCUGAUUAUAGAAAUAAAAAUGCUUGACAAGCUUAGAGGGAGUAUAGAAUUAUUAGCUAUGACUCUGGAGUAAGAAAGACCUCAUUUUAGUUCCUCUCUUCAGUGUACCAUCUUGGUUGGUAUUAAUUAUUCGGCCUUUCUAGGCUUUAGUUUGCUCAUGUGUCAAAUGGGUAUUAUAAUAUCCAACAUCCCUAUGAGGUUGUAAUGAUGAUUAAAUAAGCUUAUGUUCAUACUUCACUCAAUAAAUAUGAGCUGAGGUUAUUAUAGUUGAUGGUGGCCAUCAUCCUUUUGUUUGUGAAGACCUGGAUUGAGUUUUGUCUGGAAAAAGGGAAUGACUAGUGACUGGACCAUUUUGUUCUUCAUUUAAUUAUUGCAACACAUAUAUUUUUAUGAGAUGGGCAUUGUGUUAGACCUUGUAGCAGUUAUGACGAAGGUGUGAAGGGUUCUGAGUAGGGAGUUGUGAUAUGAUGAUGGGAUUAAGACCAGGGACUGAGGAAUACUUGACUUGUGCUAUAACCGCCUCUCCCUACUCCCUCCCUGGGGUUUCUGAUGGAGUUUUACACAGAGUUUUACUGCCACCAUAAUGAAACUCAGCAACCUCUUGAUGGUAGCUGUGCAAACCCCAAUAAAUCCAGUGCAGUGAUCUCUGGUAAAAGCUAGAUUUGAACAUUUGAUUUAGACUUGAAGCCUAAAGGGGAUCAAUUUUCCUGCCUUUCUGAUCCUCAGUUCUCAACUUUAGGACCAGCCUAAUCAAUGUGCCAAGAGAAAGGAGAGAAAAUCUCUAGGUCCUGGCCUUACUUACUCAUUAAUUGAGGACUAAAAAGGAAGAAAAGAGGGGGAAACUCUAGGAGACAAGCCCUAUUUGCUCUCUACUUGCUAAGGAGGCAAGAAUAUGGGGUGCAAUGCACAGAUGCUACCUUUUAAGUCAUAGUAACAUCUUUGAUUAAUAAAUGUGACCUCAUCAAUAUCCUGGGCCCAACCCAUUAAGUUAGUGACCCCGUGGUGCUGGUGGUAGGGACUGUUAAGGAGUUGGUUACACUCUGCAGGUGUGAGAAAGUCAGGAGUGGCCCUUUGUGAUUUUGUCCUCUCAACUCAUUGGGCUUAGCAGCCAAGCCUGGGGUCAGUCCGAGGUGGACUGUAUACCCAGGAGGGUAUGACCAGUCAUGGUCAACAGAGACUUCCUUUCACCUCACUGGGGAUUCUUCCCAGCUCCUUAGUCUCCUCCUGGAACCAGUGACAUGAAUGGUUCCAGGCUCUUUGUCUCUGAAGCUUCUUAAUGAAUUAGGACUGAACAUUGGUUAAUGCUUCCAAGGGAAUUUUGAGCAUUAGGUCAAAAAUUUAUUCCCUAUCUUAUUUCCACAAACCAUGACCUCAUCCUGCAACCUCCCUCAUCGGAGGAGGUUAUACAACCAGGCCAGCUAGGCUAUUAGGAAUACUUGGAAUUUUACUAUCACAGACUCCUUAAUUUAAAAAAAAAUGAGUAGGUAAUUAAAGAUUUCAGAGAUCAUAAGUGUAGGUAGGGGGUAACAUUAAUGAUUUUAGGGCAAGCGUUUAUCCCAGGAGCCUUUGGAAUGAGUGUCACGUAAACUGCUCCUUAUAUAUACAGGGUAGAUGUGGCUAUGGAGACUCAUCUGAUGAGUCAGGCUCACAAAAAAAAUGAAGCCAUUUUGCUUAACAAUGCUCUUGAUGAACCAGUAAAAAUGUCUCAUUUGAUUAAACCUUGACCUUUGAGUACACUGUUUAAUAUUCUCUGUGGCAAAAUGGAGGUGUUUACAUAAAGCAUUUCUGCUGCACAUCAUAGCCCAAUAGGAAUCUCAAGGAAAAGCAUUUGUGUGAUUGUUUGAGUUGUGAGGUAAACUCAAAAACCAUUUUUGCUCAAAAGCAUGUCUGGCAAACUCUGGUUGUUCACUAUUGGGUUUCUGUCAGUCAUCCUCAUGGAAAUGUAGUAAGCCUGUCACUUUAAGAGAACAGCUAGACUUUGUGGCCAAUGAUAAAAUUUCAACUUACAAGUGAAAAUUAAGAUUGUGGAAAGCUAGUUUUCUCCACUUUGAGCUUUACAACUUCCUGAUACUUGAGACUUUCCUGAUGAACUAACAAAUGUUAUUUUUGGUGUUGAAUGGAAUCAGAGAUGAUAUUUAAAGGUGUUUAUUAGUUUGUUUUUAUAAUUCAAAGGCAGGAUGAGGUAGUGUUAUAUACUGGAGAGAGAGAGAGAGUAAUUUUUAUUUUUUAAUUAAUUAAUUUUUUUUUUAGGGCCGCACCUGUGGCAUAUGGAAUUUCCUAGGCUAGGUGUCGAAUUGGAACUGCAGCUGCGGGCCUACUCCACAGCCACUGCAGUGCCAGAUCCAAGCUGUGUCUGUGACCUACACCAUGGCUCACAGCAAUGCCGGAUCCUUAACCCACUGAUCAAGGGCAAGGAUUGACCCAUGUCCUCAUGGAUACCAGUUGGGUUCAUUACCACUGAGCCAUAACAGGAACUUCUUUAAAAAAAAUUAAAUAAAUUUUUUUAGUUGGUGAAUUGCAUAAGUGAAAAUGGAAUUUCCAAUAGGAUAUUUUAAAAAUUAUUGGUCCCUUGAAAACUGAGGUUUCAAGGUAAUCAGAGCUUUCAGUGAGGGAAAAGUCUUUGGUUUUUUUCAUUGGGGAGAUAAAUUUAAAAAAUGUACUAAAGAACAAGAAAAGUGUUUGAAAAAUACAUUGAGAAAAUCACCAUUUUGAGUCACUCAGAAUGUCAGGCUGCCUGGAAUUUGUUAAUUUACUCAGUAAUUUUUUUUAUUGAGCACCUAGUAUGUGUCAGGAAUUAUUCACACGGCAGUGAAUGGAACUUACAAAAUCCCUGUAACCAUGGAGCUUACAUUCUAAUUCUAGUUGGGAGAUGAAAAUGGAAAUGCUUUAGCAAAAUAUAAGCUGCUUCCAGGGGUCUUUUCUUUCUUUAUUUUGUAAGAGCCCCAUGAGAUGGAAUUUACUUCCUGAAUUUCUGCUGCUCAAUUUGAAACCUGAGCUGUGAUACUCAUGGUUGUACUGAUGGAGUGUAUUAAAUGGGUUAUAUUGACAAGAUAUGUUCCAAGGACUGAGAGUUCAGAUUUGAAGUGAGUUGGCAAUCUUGAAGCAAAUUCUUCCCCUAUUCUUUUCAUUUUUUACUCCAUUGUUUUAUCCCUAUUCCCAAAAGAGGGGACGUUGCUCCUGUCAAUGUGGUGUGAUUUCUGGCAAGAAUAAGAACUGACUUGGGAAUGGCAAGGCAGUGACGAGCUCACUGGGCAAGCAGUUCUGCUCUGUGGCUAAAACAUCUGUUCACCUUUCAUACAGGGGCUGGGCUGGGUCAGUGUUUACUUAGUUGUAGUACCUGAAAAAGUUAACUUACAAGCUGCAUACAGUCAUUGUGUAUAUAGCUCACACACCAUUAAUAAGACUCAUUUCACCAUUGAAAUAAUAUUAUCUGCUAGUCUGGGAGAGUGCAGGCCACUUAGAUGAACGUCUUUUGGUAGUGAUGUGUAAUCACAGCUGUCCUCUACUUCCUGUUCUCAUGGUCUAAAAUCCCAGCUUCAUUGUGCCUUUAGCCUGGAGGUGAUAGAGCAGAAAUAAGAAAAGGAGGCAUGGCUGCUAUGACACUCCUCUCCCUAAUUUGUUUAUUUUUUUUAUUUUUGCAAUAACUCUAGUGCAGUGAUGCCAUUGAAAACACAUUUUGAUCAUCUUUAUUCAGAAAGACAGUGCAGCUCUUUGCGCCUUUAGCAAGAUAUGUUUUCUGGAAAGACUGCGACAGUAGGUAGGAUGGCUUUAUAAUGUGUUGUCCAAACUGGGAUACUCAUGAGAGUGGAAGCGGGGGUGCUAUGAAACCAGGACAGUAGGCGUAGACAGGGAUGUGUGGUCACCUUAACGCUGGGAGAUAUAGGGGAAGACAGGGUGUUUCAGCACCAGUGUGUUCUGGAACAAUCUCUGAGCAUGUGGCACUCAGAUAGAGAAAAGGUUAUUAAUAUUUACUAAGAGUGAACACUGUGUUAGAUGCUGUGAUGUAUAAUGAGUUAGUUGCCACAAUAACCACUUGAGAUAGAUAGUCCUCACCCCUCUUUAUAAUAUAAAACAAAAAUUCCAUUUAACAAUGGGGGUUGACAUUUUAAACUUCAAAAAAGUUAUUAUUUUUUUCUUUUCCAUUAUGGCUUAUUACAGGAUAUCGAUUAUAGUUCCCUGUGCUCUACAGUAGGAUAGUUGUUUAUAUUCUAUGUAUGAUAGUUUACAUCUGCUAAUCCUAAACUCCCAAUCCAUUCCUUACCCCCCCCCUGCCUUGGCAACCAAAAGUCUGUUCUCUAUGUCUGUGAAUCUGUCCUGUAAUAAAUUCAUUUGUGU